AUGGCGGCAGAGAUGAUGCUCGAGUCCAUCGUGGAGAUGAGCACUAACGUGGACGCCGUUAAGGAGCGGGGGCUGGCGGACAUCCUCGCCUGCAACGGCGACGCUGAGUACCUUGCGAAAUGUGGCCUCGCCGGCGCUGGCGCUUCUGACCGAGCCACUUUCCGUGCCAAGGUGCCCAUGGCGACGUAG